AUGCGCUGGCAAAUAAUGGAUUCAACAUCGAGAUUCGCUUUUGUUGUACCGCAUGCGUUGGAUAAUGUAUCGGCGGUAUUUAAUGAACUAAACAUCGAUCAUAGGAUAAUUUGCAUUGGUAAUCGUCAGUUAUCGAAGGGAUUUCCAAUAUUGAAUGAUUUAGCCUUGACAACAGCUCGUUGUUCUUCAACCUAUCCAGAAAUAACUCCGGAGGAGGACAUUGUCUUUUUACCUUAUUCGACAGGAACCAGCGGACCACGAAAAGGAGUAGCCAUUACGCAUUUUGUCCUCAGUGCUAUGCUAAAAACAUUCAACAAUAGAGAAGCUUAUGAUUUACCAAGUCGUGGUGAAUUUAUUCUUUCCAAUGCUUUAUUCCAUGAUACCUUCGGACGUGAUGUACUCUUUUCAUCGUUAUCAAAUGGUGCAACAGUGGUAACAUUUACAGAUGAUGUGGAGAUAUUAGCAAAGUGUAUUCAUGUAUAUAAGUGGAAACAUGAACGUUUCCUUUGA